AUGCCACGAAAACCCAUCUCAAAGUGUGAUCAUGGGUCUAUAUGUUUGUCCUCUUCUUCUCAUGCUUCGGUAGCAGGGUUCAGAAGACAAGGCCAACGGCAACGUCUCGCUGCCAUCAAAGCAGACAACCGAAGCUUUCCACGAGAAGACAAACUCUUCCUUGAGGAAGAUGACAGAGUUUUCCCUGCCCCUUUGUUGCUGCCUGGAGAUGAUCUUGCCGGAGACCUAGAUGACGCGCAGAGCUUUCAAGAAUGGCUUGAUGGCGAACACCGCAAUCCGAUAACGGCUAAGCAAAAAACUGUUUAUGUCGUUCCAUCACCUCAAAUUGACGCAAAUGUUGACUUCAUGCGAACAUGGAAAACACCAAAAUGUCCAGAUCAUGAGCUUUCCACAAAGCCGCCUAGCACAAAGGACGUCCAAGACUAUCUGACUGCCUUCUAUCACGGUCUUCCUGUCAAGAUGAUGCCACCAUCUACCUUGCGGUUUAUUCCCUGGGAAGAACCCCAAAAGAAAACUCGGAAAAAGAUGGGCCCGCAAUACCUGGGUCUACAAUCUGGCGAUGAGUGCGUGCGGAUUCGCUCACGUACUUUGUCAGAUGGGGUAUAUGAGGGCCAAGUCAAUCUGGACGAUCUUCUGGAUACUGCUAUUGGUAUUUUACCGAAAGAUGCAUAUGCUCUCCUAAUGCUUGUGGACUUCGAUCUCUACGAGGACGAUGAUGACGAGUUCGUAUGUGGCCGUGCAUACGGAGGAAGUCGCGUUGCAGUGGUAUCUAGUGCAAGAUAUAACCCCAUCCUGGAUACUAUUCAAGAUGUCGAGCGUCACCAUGCAUGGCCCGCGUCGCAUUGCGAGAAGUAUAUGUCUGCAUGUGCUUCAGCAGAGCCAACUGCAAAGAGACAGAAAAGAUCUCAGGUCAAUAGCCGAGUAUCACAAAAUUCGACUUUAGAGCUAAACGGACCUGUGAGGGAUGCAGUAUCAGUCUACCGCUCCCUCCCAGAGGUAGAUUCAUCGCCUUCCUUGCUGUCCGCGCUGUGGUUGGGUCGGGUUUGUCGGACGGCGAGCCAUGAGUUGGGUCACUGCUUCGGUAUUGCCCAUUGCGUGUACUACGCGUGCUCAAUGCAAGGCACCGCGUCUAUCUGCGAGGACGCAAGACAGCCGCCUUAUCUCUGUCCGGUCGAUCUGGCGAAAGUUCUUUGUGCUACUUCUAUGUCUGCGUCUAAGCGAUACCGGGCUCUUCUAGCGUUUUGUGAACGACCGGGUAAUAGUGAUACACAUUUCUUCGGACCUUUUGCGACUUGGAUCCGAAGUAGGCUAAGUCAGAUCAAGGACUCGACUUAA